UUACACAUUGAUUUGUAUGUGUGUAUAUAUAUAAUGUAUGUGUGUGUAUAUAUAUGUCAGAACACACUGCAGAACAAUAUAAGAUAGCUGUUCACAAGUAGAAGGAAGUGUUCAUAUGUCAAAUUUUAAGUAAACCCUAUGUGGGAUUGCAUCUGUAAAUCAGAUGUUUAUAGUUCGAGGAUCUCUCGUAUUAGGUAAAGGUGGAGGGGUAGCACUGUUAACCAAGGCUGAGAUCUAUGCAGGAAGAAGAGAUUGCCUGAUUUGGGAAAUCAGGGCACAGAAUUUCUGGAUGGAGAUAUUGAACAGUGGAAGUAAGUGACUAGUGGGGUUGGUCUGCAACCCACCAUCCUCUAACAGUAGCCACAGUGUCGGACAAAACAUAUGAGGAGAAAUAUUGCAUGGAGGGGAUGGCAAUAACGUUAGGUAUCUUUAGCUAUACUAAGGAAAACAUCAGAUUGGCAAGAGUAGUUUUGAUGAGGACUUCAUAAAAACUAUCUUGAAAACAUUGUAAAGUAAUGUUUCUGAACCAACAGGAUGUGUCCCACCUGUAGUCUAGGAGGGACUCAGUUCCAAAAAUAACUAUUAAAAGUUCCAAAACUCAAAAAAAAUUAUUCAGAUAAGAGUUAAGAUACUAACUAUUUAUACAUAUACAUGUGAACAACAGAAUAUGAACAAUUUAACAACAAAGCUAUUCAGAAACUACUACCGUUUUCUUCUGUAUAUUUUCAUGAACAAGUCUCCUAUACAUUGACAACAAUUAGAACAGUCUUCAAAGUGAAACAGUUCUUUGCUGUUUCAACAUUAAAUUGCUCGUGUGACACCCCUUUUCAAAAAGGAAGGGAGGCAAAAAGCCGAUAACUAUAGGCUGAUUAGCUUAACAAUUGUUGGAAAUGUAUUGGAUUUGGUUAUUGAGGUAAUAGAAUAUUUGGGAAAUUGUGAUCCAAGCAAGCAAAGUCAGCAUGACUUCAAGAAAGGGAAGUCGUGGCUGUCAAAUAUACUAGUGUUUUUUGAGGAAGUAUUAACCAGAGUGGACUUCCAGAAGGCCUCCCACACCUCAAAAGGUUAAGUCACAAGAGCCCCUGGUGUUGGAGGUCAUAUAUUAACAUUGAUAGAGAAUUGGAUCAUGGACAGGAAACAGUGGGGUUAAGGGGCUCUGGUGACCUGUUAACAGUGGGGUUCAACAAGGAUCAGUGCUGGGACCACAUUAACAUCUUGGAGGAAGGAAGUGAAUGUACAGUAGCCAAUUUUGCUAAAACAGGUGGAAAGGCAGACGAUGAAAGGGAUACAAAGUUUACAGAGAGAUAUUAAUAGAUUAGGUAUGUAUGCAAAAGGUUGGCAAAUAGCGUGAAAAAUGUGAAGUUCAUUUUGGAAGGGAGAACAAUAUUAUUUAAACAGAAAAACUGCAGAAAGCUAGACACAGAUACUUGGGACUUGUGCAUGAAACAGUAGGCUAGACACAGGCAGCAGGUAAUCAGAAAGGCUAAUAGAGUGUUGGCCCAUAUUUCAAGGGUUUAGAAUAUAAGAGCACUGCAACUGGACAAGAUGCUGAUGAGAUCACAUCUGGAGUACUUAGAGUAGUUUUGGUGCCUGAUUUAAGAAAAGAUAUUUCACUGGAGGCAAUUGAGAGAAGGUUUAGUAGGAUAAUCCCAGGUAUGGAGGGAUUGUCUUAUGAGUGAAAGUUGAACAGGUUGAGACUACUCAGUAGUUUAGAAGAUUGAGGUGAUCUUACUGAAAUAUGUAGGAUUUUUAAGGGGCUUGACAGGGUCAAUGCUGAGAGGAUGUUUUCCCCUCAUAGCAGAGUCUAAGACUAUAGGAAAUAGUCUCAGAAUAAGGCGACACCAAUUUAAGUUGUGGUUCUGUUCGCCGAGCUGGAAGUUUUUGUUGCAAACGUUUCGUCCCCUGGCUAGGAGACAUCAUCAGUGCUCUGGAGCCUCCUGCGAAGCGCUUCUUUGAUGUUUCUUCCGGUAUUUAUAGUGGUCUGUCCUCGCCGCUUCCGGGUGUCAGUUUCAGCUGUCCGCUGUAGUGGUUGGUAUAUUGGGUCCAGGUCGAUGUGUUUGUUGAUGGAGUUUGUGGAUGAAUGCCAUGCCUCUAGGAAUUCCCUGGCUGUUCUCUGUCUGGCUUGCCCUAUGAUAGUAGUGUUGUCCCAGAGUGAAAUGGGGAAGAAUUCCUUUUCUCAGAGGGUUGUGAGUCGUUCGAAUUCCUUGCCACAGAAAGCUGUCAGGGUAGAGACAUUUUGUAUAUUUAAGCCUGAGAUAGAUGCUUAUCAAGGGUUAUGGGGCAAAUGCAGAAAAGUGGAUUUGAGGGACAUCAGGUCAGCCAUGAUCCUAUUGAAUGGCAGAGCAAGAUUGAGGGGCUGAAUGGCCGCCUCCUGUUCCUAUUUCUUAUGGUCUUCUUAGCCAAGAACUCAGGCGACUGACUGUGUGGAGUUUGCACGUUCUCCCCGUGUCUGCGUGGGUUUCCUCCGGGUGCUCCGGUUUCCUCCCAGUCACAAAGAUGUGCGGGUCAGGUGAAUUGGCCAGGCUAAAUUGCCCGUAGUGUUAGGUAAGGGGUAAAUGUAGGGGUAUGGGUGGGUUGCGCUUCGGCGGGUCGGUGUGGACUUGUUGGGCCGAAGGGCCUGUUUCCACUGUAAGUAAUCUAAUCUAAUUGAUGUGGAGGAGCUGGGGUGUAUAAAGUUAAAACAAAGGUCCCACAUCACCAGGUUAUAGUCCAACAGGUUUAUUUGGAUGCACAAGCUUUCGGAGCGGUACUCCAUCAGGUGGAUCCUACUCCACAACCCCCUGAUGAAGGGGCAGCACUUCGAAAGCUUGUGCAUCCAAAUAAACCUGUUGGACUCUAACCUGCUGUUGUGGGAUUUUUAACACUAGCCAAGAAUUGACAUGCUUGCCUAUGAGAUGCAACCAGAGGUGUUAUCAUCUCAUUUUGUUUGGUUUUUUGCAAUUUAGCAAUAAAACAUAGACAAUUUUUAAUAGCCCUCAAAGAUCUGGCGCAGCCAAGUGGAGUGGCUGAAACAAACCAAAACAGAGAUUGCUUGGGAAACUCAGCAGGUCUGGCAAUAUCUUUCGAGAGAGGCGCAGCUCUGAGGAAGCGUGAGUGGACUCGAAAGGUUAACUGCACAGAGGCUGCCAUACCUGGUGAGUUUCUUGUUUGUUUCAGAUGUCCACAGCUCCUUGUUUUAUCUAAGUUGAGUGGGCUCCUGUUUUCAGAUCCUGCUGCGCUUUUGUUGUAUUCUGUGCUUUUCUGGAAUAUCAACAAACAUUGCUGAAUUUAAAAACAGCGCUGCAGCAGGACUGAGGAAAUGUUUAAUUUGUGAAAAACUGAGUGCCCCCAUCCCAGAGUUCUCCACUGUCUGCAAGGACAUGGCAGGUCGAGACAGAGUUACCCACUUGUUGAAGCAGCUGCAACUGGCGUCAUGUCGGUGCCCUGCUCACUCUCACGGUUACUCACAAGCUCCAGAACAUGUUGCAACCAGGACAACAGAUUACGCAUUUGAGAUGGCCUGUUCCAACAUUCGAUAUGGAGAAGGGGUGACAAAUGAAGUUGGGAUGGAUCUACAGAACAUGAAGGCCAGGAAUGUUUGUAUCAUGACUGACAAGAAUGUAGCCAAACUCCCUCCUGUUAAAGCAGUCCUGGAUUCAGUGGUUAAGAAUGGAAUAAAUUUUAAAGUAUUUGACAAGGUGAGAGUGGAACCGACAGAUGGAAGCUUCAAGGAAGCAAUAACAUUUGCUCGUCAAGAACAAUUUGAUGCGUUUGUCGCUGUCGGAGGUGGAUCGGUGAUGGACACAUGCAAAGUGGCCAACCUUUACUCCUGCAGUCCCGAUGCUGAGUUCCUGGACUAUGUCAAUGCACCAAUUGGAAACGGCAAACCCGUUGUUGUUAGUCUCUGUCCUUUGAUAGCAGUUCCUACGACAGCUGGCACAGGAAGUGAGACCACGGGUGUGGCAAUAUUUGACUACGAAGCUAUGAAAGUUAAAACAGGUAUUGCCAGCAGGGCUCUGAAACCAGCGCUUGGAAUCGUGGACCCUUCGCACACACUGCACAUGCCUGAGCGAGUGGCUGCUUACAGUGGAUUUGAUGUACUUUGCCACGCUCUGGAGUCCUACACCGCACUCCCCUACAACCUACGGUCACCCUGCCCAUCUAACCCAAUCAAUCGUCCAGCUUAUCAAGGGAGUAACCCCAUCAGUGAUGUCUGGUCCAAGCAUGCCUUAAACAUCGUGGCAAAGUAUCUGAAACGUGCUGUUAGACACCCUGAUGACAUCGAGGCUAGAUUCAACAUGCACCUUGCGAGUGUUUUUGCAGGAAUUGGUUUUGGAAACGCUGGUGUCCACCUCUGUCAUGGAAUGUCGUAUCCAAUAGCAGGAAUGGUGAAAAACUUUACAGCAAAGGACUACAACGUGGAUCACCCUUUGGUGCCCCAUGGCCUUUCGGUGGUUUUGACUUCACCUGCAGUCUUCACUUUCACAGGCUCUGCGUGUCCCGAACGACACUUGGAAGCAGCGGAGAUAUUAGGGGCUGACGUGCGGACUGUGAAACGUGAAGAUGCAGGGUUAGUUCUGGCUGAGACUCUUCGCAAAUUCCUCUUUGAGUUGAAGGUUGAAGAUGGUCUAACUGCAGUUGGUUACAGCAAAGAAGAUAUUCCAGAUCUGGUCAAAGGAACUCUACCUCAGGAGAGAGUAACAAAACUGUCACCAAGGCCUCAGACAGAGGAAGACCUGUCAGCUUUAUUCGAGUCCUCUAUGAAGCUGUAUUAACCUUGUUCUAUGAACAAGCUCAAAACUAUAUUAAGAUAAGGGAACCUCACUGAAUACAAAGGAAUGUAAGCAAACCAUUAGUUUUGUCAACCAACUCUGUCAAUAAGUUUUAAAUAUGUUGUUGAAAAUAUUUCAAGUUAAUGAUAGUAAUCAGUCAUUAUUUUAUGAUUUUCUGAAUCACUAAUUGCUUUAUUAUUUCACUGGCAUGUAUUGGUUACCUAGUACCAUUGCAAGGUCAAUAGAAAGAUAAAUCAGGCAUGAUAGUCAUACUGCACAGAAACAGACCCUUCGGCCCAACUUAUCUAUGCCAACCAGGUUUCCUAAAUUGAACUAAUCCCAUUUUGAUUAAAUUAGAUGCACUACAGUGUGGAAAAAGGCCCUUCAGCCCAACAAGUCCAUACCAACCCUCCAAAGAGU